CCUUGGUGUGGAUAUUGAACAUGUUACUAGAACUUUGCCUCGCACUUGUGGUCUCGGUUUUGACGCUUAUCAUCGUGUCAUUCAUGAUGAAAUCAAAGGGUAUGCCUCCUUGUCCGACAGCUCUGCCAAUACUUGGAAACCUGCUCGAUGUUUUGAGAUGGACGAAACAAAAAAACAUGCACAUCGAACUCACAAAGAUUUCCAGGGAGUAUCAGUGGAAAAUCUUCACCCUCCGUCUCCCAGGCCAAAGUAUUGUUGUUGUCAACUCGGCCUCAACAGCUCGUGAGGCACUGGUGACAAAGCGAGAUGAUUUCGCGGGAAGGCCCUAUCAAUUUACUUUAGAUUAUUUGACAAGUGGUUCGAAGGACAUCGCAGUACAAGACUUCACAUCUACGUUACUCUUACAAAGAAAGAUCGUUCACUCUGCGAUUCGCUUGUUUCAACCAAACCUAACAGUCAUAGUGAACACGGAAGUCCAGGAAUUAAGUAAAAGAUUGUCAGCACAUCAGGGAAAGGCAAUCGAUCCUCUUAAAGACAUCAUUUUGACUACAAUGAAUGUGAUCUCUGUUAUGGUGUACGGUGAACGUUACGAGAUGYACAAUCGAGAAUUCCAGACAAUUUUGGACGAGACGUGGAAGCUUAAUGACUUGCUUAGUCGAGUUUCCAUUCUAGAUUUCUUACCAUUCUUGAUUCAUUUCCCGAUCAAAGAUUCGAAACUUGCCAAGACUAUUUAUUUGUCAGCGAAGAGCAGGCUGACCAGGAAGUACCAGGAACACCAGCAAACCUACCAAGACGGAAUAACGCGUGAUCUGACCGAUGCCUUAAUCAAAGCUUUAAAGGAAACCAAGGAAGAUCAAAAGAAAACUCCCGAAGUGAUGACUGAAGACCACAUUCUCAUGACGAUGGGGGACGCGUUUACAGCUGGUAUCGAAUCUACAACAUCAUCAAUCCUUUGUCCACUCUGA